UCGGGCCCUUCCUCCUUUUCCGCAUCCCUGAGAGGCUGAUGCCAAGAUGAACGACACAGUGACAGUCAGAACCCGGAAGUUUAUGACAAACCGGCUGCUUCAGAGGAAGCAAAUGGUUGUUGAUGUCCUCCAUCCAGGCAAAGCCACAGUCCCUAAGACUGAGAUCAGGGAGAAGCUGGCCAAAAUGUACAAGACCACCCCCGAUGUGGUGUUCGUCUUCGGCUUCAGGACACAGUUUGGUGGUGGCAAGACGACAGGUUUCGCCAUGGUCUACGACUCUCUCGACUACGCUAAGAAGAACGAGCCCAAGCACAGACUGGCCAGGCACGGUCUCUAUGAGAAGAAGAAGUCCUCCAGAAAACAGCGCAAGGAACGCAAGAACAGAAUGAAGAAAGUACGAGGUACCAAGAAAGCCAGUGUGGGUGCUGCUGGCAAAAAGUGAGCCCGGAGAAUCAGGGAUGGUCCUCGUGCUCAAGAUGUUCUUGUAUAUUGUCAUCAAAUAAAACAUUUGGAAAAGUCA